UUUACAAGGAUGAGAAGGCUAUAAAGCCUCCCUUGAGCCACUCACAGUUCAUUUCAAGGCCAAGAACGCCCCCAAAAUCUGUUUCUAAUUUUACAGAAAUCUUUUGAAAUUUGGCACGGUAUUCAAAAGUCCGUGGAAAGAAAAAAACCUUGUCCUAGCCUCGGCUUCCAACUCCGAAGACAGACUUGCUUCUUUUCAACGGUUUUCACAGAUCCGGUGACCCACGCUCUGAAGUCAGAAUUAGCUAACUUUUAAAAACAUCUGGAAAAAUGAAGGUUAGUAUAUGCAGCCUCAGGUAUUGCUAAAGAAGGAGGACUGGCUGAGUUUCGAUCACAGUUUUCUAUUGUUUAGAAGACAUGGUUAAAAAUUGUAUUUGGAGUUGCCACCUCUGCUCUGCUUGCUUUAUUGGUGAUGUGCAUUGUCUUACGUCCUUCAAGAGUUCAUGACUCCGAAGGAAGUACAAGAGCAUUCACACUGAAGGAUAUUUUAAAUGGGACAUUUACCUACAAAACAUUCUUCCCAAACUGGAUUUCAGGACAAGAAUAUCUUCAUCAGUCUACAGAUAAUGAUAUAGUAUAUUACAAUAUUGAAACAGGAGACUCAUAUACCAUUUUGAGUAAUGCCACCAUGAAAAGCGUGAAUGCUUCAAAUUAUGGCUUAUCACCUGAUCGGCAAUUUGCAUAUCUAGAAAGUGAUUAUUCAAAGCUUUGGAGAUACUCUUACACAGCAACAUAUCACAUCUACGACCUCAAUAAUGGAGAGUUUAUAAGAAGAAAUGAGCUUCCUCGUCCAAUUCAGUAUUUAUGCUGGUCGCCUGUUGGGAGUAAAUUAGCAUAUGUCUAUCAAAACAAUAUCUAUCUGAAACAAAGACCAGAAGACCCACCUUUUCAAAUAACAUAUAAUGGAAAAGAAAAUAAAAUAUUCAAUGGAAUCCCAGACUGGGUGUAUGAAGAGGAAAUGCUUGCUACAAAAUAUGCUCUCUGGUGGUCUCCUAAUGGAAAAUUUUUGGCAUAUGCAGAAUUUAAUGAUACAGAGAUACCAGUUAUUGCCUAUUCCUAUUUUGGUGAUGAACAAUAUCCUAGAACAAUAAAUAUUCCAUACCCAAAGGCUGGAGCUAAGAAUCCUGUUGUUCGGUUAUUUAUUAUUGAUACUGCUUAUCCUGAGCAUGUAGGUCCCAGAGAAGUGCCAGUUCCAGCAAUGAUAGCUUCAAGUGAUUAUUACUUCAGUUGGCUCACAUGGGUUACUGAUGAACGAAUAUGUUUGCAGUGGCUAAAAAGAAUCCAGAAUGUUUCAGUUCUGUCUAUAUGUGAUUUCAGGGAAGGCUGGCAGACAUGGGAUUGUCCAAAGACCCAGGAGCAUAUAGAAGAAAGCAGAACUGGAUGGGCUGGUGGAUUCUUUGUUUCAACACCAGUUUUCAGCUAUGAUGCCAUUUCAUACUACAAAAUAUUUAGCGACAAGGAUGGCUACAAACAUAUUCACUAUAUCAAAGACACUGUGGAAAAUGCUAUUCAAAUUACAAGUGGCAAGUGGGAGGCCAUAAAUAUAUUCAGAGUAACACAGGAUUCACUGUUUUAUUCUAGCAAUGAAUUUGAAGGCUACCCUGGAAGAAGAAAUAUCUAUAGAAUUAGCAUUGGAAGCUAUCCUCCAAGCAAAAAGUGCAUUACUUGCCAUCUAAGGAAAGAAAGGUGCCAAUAUUACACAGCAAGUUUCAGUGACUACGCCAAGUACUAUGCACUUGUCUGCUAUGGCCCAGGCCUCCCCAUUUCCACCCUCCAUGAUGGCCACACUGAUCAAGAAAUUAGAAUCCUGGAAGAAAACAAAGAAUUGGAAAAUGCUUUGAAAAAUAUCCAGCUACCUAAAGAGGAAAUUGAGAAACUUGAAGUGGAUGACAUUACUUUAUGGUACAAGAUGAUUCUUCCUCCUCAAUUUGACAGAUCAAAGAAGUAUCCCUUGCUAAUUCAAGUGUACGGUGGUCCCUGCAGUCAGAGCGUAAGGUCUGUAUUCGCUAUUAAUUGGAUUUCUUAUCUUGCAAGUAAGGAAGGGAUAGUCAUUGCCUUGGUGGAUGGCCGAGGAACAGCUUUCCAAGGUGACAAACUCCUGUAUGCAGUAUAUCGAAAGCUGGGUGUUUAUGAAGUUGAGGACCAGAUCACAGCUGUCAGAAAAUUCAUAGAAAUGGGUUUCAUUGAUGAAAAAAGAAUAGCCAUAUGGGGCUGGUCCUAUGGAGGCUAUGUUUCAUCGCUGGCCCUUGCUUCAGGAACUGGUCUUUUCAAAUGUGGGAUAGCAGUGGCUCCUGUCUCCAGCUGGGAAUAUUACGCAUCUAUCUACACAGAGCGAUUCAUGGGCCUCCCAACAAAGAACGAUAACCUCGAGCACUAUAAAAAUUCAACUGUGAUGGCAAGAGCAGAAUAUUUCAGAAAUGUAGACUAUCUUCUCAUCCACGGAACAGCAGAUGAUAAUGUGCACUUUCAAAACUCAGCACAGAUUGCGAAAGCUCUGGUUAAUGCACAAGUGGAUUUCCAGGCAAUGUGGUACUCUGACCAGAACCAUGGCAUAUCCGGCCUGUCCACGAAGCACCUGUACACCCACAUGACCCACUUCCUAAAGCAGUGUUUUUCUUUGUCCGACUGAAAACGACACAGACGCAAGCCUGUAUCACAGUCGGAACACUUCGUAUAAAUGCCUCAGACCAUUUGCUUGUUUUACUCUUUAUGCUGUUAAAUCCUGGUACAAGCAAACAAAUGAAUGAUGUUCUAAAGGCUGGCGGAAGAUUAAGACCAGAAGUUCAACCCAAAUAUUGUUUACAUUUUCUGGCACUCUCUGAAAGAAGAGAAGAGGGAACCGUGCCUUUUGCUUUGGACACAGACAGUGUUUUAUCACCUGUUCAUUUGAGUAAAAUAAUAAAGUCAGAAGUUAAAGCGCU